UUUUCUUUUUGCUUUUCUAGCUCGCUGACGAACCCAACCGCCUCUCCAAUAUUCUUCCCUCUCUCUUCCCUUCGUCUUCCCUCAACUCCGGCUGGAACCCAGGUGUCGCCUUCUUCCUCUCUCCACGUUGCCUCCCUAUGGCCAACUCCUCCCAUCCCGCCAUCUACUUCUUCAAACUCGAAUCCUCCUUUUACUCCUUCCUCUACACCACCACCAAUUUCCUCCACCGCCGCCGCCCGCCGCUGCAAAUUCCGAUUACUUGAAAAGAAGCUCAAUUGACAUCAUGAACUUAUACGUUUACGUUCUGGAAGCCAGGGAUUUGCCGGUGAAGGACGCCUUCGUCGUGAAGCUCCGGGUCGGGAAGCGCAAGUUCAAGACCCGGGUCCUCAGAAACACCGCUAACCCGGUUUGGAACGAGGAGUUCAUUUUCCCUAUUCACGCCCUUGACGAUGAGAACUUGCUGGUCUCCGUCUUCACCCACCACGAUGGUGCCGGGUUGUUCGGUGCCGGGUCGGUUGAUUUGGUCGGUCGGGUCUCAGUUCCGGUUCGCUCGGUUGCCGGAGAGCCUAAUCAGACGCUGCCUCCUACUUGGUUCUCACUCGAAUCCCCAUCUGCCGGCAAGCAUGUUCAUCUUGAUUCCGGCAAAAUUCUUCUGUCUAUGUGUGUGAAUGAUGAAACCCAUGAUUCCCCUAGCAAGCACUUCCUUUCCUCUGAUGAGGAUGUGAAAGAACUUGAAACCCAUUUGGGGUCAGGUCAUGGCACACAUUGCUCCAAAGCUCAGCAUCAUAAGAUAUCAGGUGGUAAGAAGUUAAUGAAAUCCAUUGCUCAUAGUCUGGAAAAGGUUUUCUCGAAGCAUGAAGAAGAAGGCUCUCCUAGUCCUAGGCCAGAUCAUGAAUCCUCCGAGUUAAACAGUGCCUCGGAUUACCAGGAUUGCACCGAUGAUGAACAUCAUCCAUCAGCUGUUACAUUUGAGGAGGGUCUUUACAUGAUGGACUCAAUGGAAGAGAAACAGGACAUGCCUGAUAACUUACAGGGAGGUGUGCUCAUAGACCAGAAGUAUUUACUAUCUUCGUCUGAGCUCAAUAGGUUUCUUUUCGAGCCUGGUUCGCAGUUUAGGAAGAAUCUUGCAGAGUUGCAGGGAACACAAGAUGUGGAAGAGGGACCAUGGACUUGGAAAUCUGUUGGUCUAACUCGUACGGUUACUUACAUUAAAGCUGCGACGAAGUUGGUGAAGGCUGUGAGGGCCACGGAGGAGCAAUCCUAUGUGAGAGUCCAUGGUCCAGAAUUUGCUGUGCGUGUUAGUGUAAUCACGCCAGAUGUUCCAUAUGGUAACACGUUCAGUGUCGAGUUACUGUACAAGAUGCUGCCUGGACCGAAGUUAUCUUUAGAAGAGGAGUCUUCUUGUAAACUUAUCAUUUCAUGGGGAGUUACAUUUCACCACAGUACGAUGAUGAAAGGUGUGAUUGAAAGCGGAGUUAAACAGGGGUUGAAGGAUAGUUUUGAUCAGUUUGAGAAUCUGUUGGCCCAGCAUCUCAAGGUGAUGGAUUCGGCGAGUUCAUCAUCAGACAAGGAGCAUGUGCUUGCAAGUUUGGGGGCUGAACAUGAGUCGGAUUGGGAGUUAGCAUGGCAGUACUUCUGCAAUUUUACAGUUGUUUCCACUUUUGUUAUGGUUCUUUAUGUUUUGGUGCAUAUAUUAUUAUCCGAGCCUAGCAAAGUUCAAGGACUCGAGCUUUAUGGACUUGAUUUGCCGGAUAGCUUUGGACAACUUGUUAGCUGUGCUAUCUUGUUCAUCCAGGUGGAACGUGUUUACAAUAUGGCUGCUCAUUUCAUCGGGACAAGGUUGCAUAGAGGUAGUGAUCAUGGCAUUAAAGCACAAGGUGAUGGGUGGGUUCUUACUGUUGCAUUGAUUGAAGGGACCAAUUUGGCAUCAAUUGGUUCAACAGGUCUCUGUGAUCCCUAUGCGGUGUUAACUUGCAAUGGAAGAACAAGAACAAGCUCCAUCAAGCUUCAAACUAGUGACCCCCAGUGGAACGACAUACUUGAGUUUGAUGCCAUGGACGAACCGCCUUCAGUUCUAGACGUUGAAGUUUUUGAUUUUGACGGUCCAUUUGACCAGGCCACAUCACUUGGGCAUGCUGAAAUCAACUUUUUGAAGCACACAGCUACUGAGUUGGCAGAUAUAUGGGUGUCACUCGAGGGAAAGCUUGCUCAAUCAUCUCAAUCGAAGUUACAUUUGAGAAUAUUUCUAGACAACAACAACGGCGUCGAGACCAUCAAAGAUUAUUUGACUAAGAUGGAAAGGGAGGUUGGGAAGAAGUUGAACUUAAGAUCACCUCACAAGAACUCAGCAUUCCAAAAGCUUUUCGGGUUGCCGCCAGAAGAAUUCCUCAUAAGUGACUUUACAUGUCAACUAAAGAGAAAGAUACCCUUGCAGGGCAAGCUCUUCUUAUCUGCAAGGAUUUUAGGGUUUUAUGCCAACUUGUUUGGUCACAAAACCAAGUUUUUCUUCCUUUGGGAGGAUAUUGAUGACAUCCAAGUACUCCCUCCAACUCUUUCAUCCGUAGGCAGCCCUAUGCUGCUCAUAGUUCUGCGGAAGGACAAGGGAGUUGAAGCAAGGCACUGGGCCAAGUCCCAAGAUGAGCAGGGGAGGCUGGAGUUCUGCUUUCAAUCAUUUGGCUCAUUCGGUUUGGCCAGCAGGACGAUUACGGCUUUGUGGAGAACAAGAACACUGACCCCUGACCAGAAAGCACAAAUAGCCGACGAACAAGAGCUUGGACACGAAGGUGACAGACCUGUUAUGGUCGAGGACUCCAUACCCAUUAUGGAUGUUUUUGAAGAUACCAAAAUGUCAAAGAUCUACUCUGAAGAGCUUCCGAUUUGUAUAAAGGAGCUCAUGGAGAUGUUUGAAGGAGGGAAGAUGGAGCACAGAAUCAUGGGGAAAUCAGGAUUGCUCAAUUAUGCAACCACCCCUUGGGAAACCGUGAAGCCGGGUGUCCAAGAGAGGCACGUCAGUUACAAAUUCAACCGCCAAGUGUCCAUCUUUGAAGGUGAUGUCAGUUGCACCCAACAGAGAUCGACCAUGGCAGAUGGCAGCGGAGAAGGGUGGACUGUGAAUGAGGUCAUGGUGCUUCAUGACGUCCCAUUUAGUGACCACUUUCAUGUGAACUUGAGGUAUCAGAUUGAGAAAUCUGGGCUUGCACACAAUGCAUGCAAGUGUGACGUUUACGUCGGGAUCACGUGGCUGAAAGCAACCAAGUUCCAGCAGAGGAUCACCAGAAACAUAACUGACAAGUUCUCCCAGAGGAUGAGGGAGAUCUUUGAGCUGGUUGAGAGAGAGAUUCUUUUCGGGAUUCAACACGAUUCUCCUCCACUUUGACCGACUCGGCCACUAUCUCUAGAGCAGUUGCAAUGUUGUAUAUGCACUAUUUACUAAGGUAUCCUUUAUGUUUCCAUUUAGAUCGGCAAGUUCAGAUAAAAUUAUGCUGUUUGUUAAAGCUCGGAAAUGUGUUGAUAGUCUCACAAGUAGUGGUACUGUUGUUUCUGGAACAGGAUGGUCAGACAUAAAACCCCUUUAUUAUUACUUCGUUUUUCUUCAUUGUAACACCAUUUUUAGGAGUUUACUCUUGAAUGGAACAACAGUGCAGUACACCAUGUGUAUGUACUUUACUCCUGUGACUGUGAGUUAAUUAGUGUGGGCUUCCCUUGCAGGAGCAGGAGGGGAAUGAAUGGAUGGAUCAAGGUAUUGUGGCUGCAACAGUCGUCUCUGUUGACAAAUAACUUGAAGCGUACAGCCUCUCUUUGGCCUUCUUUACCUGUAAGGUCCAGAAUGGGGAUAAAAAAGACGGACCCAAGGAAAUGUUCAGGACAAAAACAAUACCAGCAGCAUUCAAGCAGCAGAGAAUUGACUGAAAGGCAAGGAAGUAUAUGAUAAAAAUAUGUGCAUGAGUACUUGUUUUCCCCAGUUUGUGUUCAUGGUAAUGGCGAAUAGCAGACAGGCUUGUAAAGAACUCCCGCAGAUGAUACCCGUCCACAAACCCAUUCCGCGGAAUCCGAAAACGAAGGCCAAAACCAUGGCUGCAGGGAGGCCGGCCAGGUAGUAAGCUCCCAGGUUAACAUAAGUUCCGAUCACCUGCCACCCGCACCCUCUCGCAACACCUGUCCGAAACCCAUUCGUUAGCAGACAACAGCUAGCUGGUUAAUGGAUGAUCAGAAACAUAAUGCAUAUAUGUGACCUGAGAAAACGGCCUGCAUUGCGUCCAUGAAGUUGGAGAGGGCGAGUACAGGGAUGACUCUGGCCAUGUAGGCGGCCAAUUGUUGGUCGUUGGUGUAGAGGAAACCCCAGACGUCCCGCACCGAGAUCAGAAUGAGGCUGAGGCAGAGGCCCUGCGCCAUUGACAGGAAAGUUCCCGCCCUCACCGCCACCAGAGCCGCGUUCUGCCGCCCAGCACCCAGCUCAUUUGACACCCUGGUGCUGACUGCACUGCCGAGUCCGAAGGAAAUCCUGAAUGCUACCGACGUCGUGCUUAUGCUGAGCGACAUCAUGGACGUUUCGAGCAUGGGAUUGGGGAGGAGUCCCGACAUGAACACUAGAAACUCGUACGACCACAACUCCAGGCAGACCAUGAGAGCAGAGGGGACACCAAGCCUGAGAAACCCACAAAGACCCCUGCCGCCAUCCCUGGAGAAGCCAGUCCACGUCAUCCGACAACUAGGCGAGAACCCAGUGUAGAGCCCCAAAACGACGACGUUGACCCAGUACGACACGGCAACAGAAAGCGCGGCCCCUUCGUUCCCGAACCCGAGCCGGAAAAUGAGGGCCCAACAGAGGCCCACGUGGAAGACGGUGGCGAGGCCCGUGCUGAGGAUCAAGGGGGAGACCAGGUUCUGGGCCUGCAGGAACCUGAGCUGGCACUGGAGGAAGCCGUAAGGCAAAAUGCUGGGGAUGAGGAAGCGGGCGUAGAGGCCGGCCCCGCGCGAGAUCUGCGGGUCCUGGCCCAGGAAGAGGAAGAUCCGCGCGGUAUAGGCCCACAGGAGAGAGAUCGGGAUGGAGAGGAUUGUCGUUAUUAUGAGGGCUCGCUGGAGGUGUAGGCCCAGGAGGUGGUGGUGUUGGGCCGAUCCGUAGGCCUGUCCGCAUAGUGUCUCCAGCGCGCCGCCCAUCCCCAUCUGCAUGCA